AUGGUUUUCGAAUCGCUGGUAGCCGAUUUGUUGAAUCGGUUUCUCGGCGACUUCGUCGAAAAUCUCGACUCUUCACAGUUGAAUGUUGGGAUUUGGGGAGGAGAUGUACGACUUGAAGAUCUGGAAGUAAAAGAAACAGCCCUCGAUGACUUCGAUUUGCCCAUUAAGUUGAAAUUUGGUUAUUUAUCCUCAUUGGUGCUAAAGAUUCCCUGGAAAAACUUGUACACCGAGCCGGUUAUUGCUGACAUUGACGGGUUGCACUUGAUCAUCGUACCCAAUAAGGGUGUCGUUUUCAAUGAAGACAAGGCGAAAAAGAAUGCUACGGAAGUUAAACAAAAAACGCUCGCCAGAUUAGAAGAAGCACGUAAAAAUCGAAGGAAGCCACAAGAUCCAGUUCAAGAUACUUUCACAGAGAAGAUGAUUACACAAAUCAUAAAGAAUCUACAAGUGUCAAUCAAAAACAUCCAUGUGCGCUUCGAAGAUAAAUGGACUAACCGUCACCGUCCUUUCUGUGCAGGGGUUACUUUGGAGAAUCUCGUUUUCCAAACAACAGAUGAAAACUGGUUGCCAACUAUUCGGAAGGAGACAGUAAAGAUCAUUCACAAAUUGAUCAGUCUCGAGAAUUUGGCCGUUUAUUGGAACUCCAGUGCAGAGCUUUUGUCAGACUUAGAGGAUCGUGACGAGAUAAAGGACAAAAUGUUAGCAACCAUCACAACUAAAAGCAAGCGCCCCGAUGGAUAUAAAUACAUCCUUGAACCGAUCAAAAUGGAGGCAAAGUUGCAGCUGAAUCAAAAGCCAGAGACGGACGGCAGUGGAUGGACAAUUCCGAAAAUCGAUCUUUCUGUUGACAUGGAAGCAUUGGCUCUAAAGAUUGGCAAAUUCCAGUAUCAGGAUAUUUUGUUGUUCCUGGAAGCACAAGAGCGUUUCACACUUGCUGGCCAAUAUCUCAAAUAUCGUCCAAAGAAGAUUAAUGAAUACCGCGGACACUAUAGACAAUGGUGGCACUUCGCAUACACGUGUAUCCUCGAAGAAAAAGUUCGGAGGCGUCGAAGAAAUUGGAAUUGGGAGCGAAUGAAAAGGCAUCGCCAUCUGGUUCGUGACUACCGAGACGCAUGGGUCAAACAUCAGACCGAAAAGAGCCUUCCUGGUUCUGUCGUCGAAUUGAUCAAGAAGGCUGAGGACACUUUGGAUGUUUUCAAUGUCAAUGUUGCGCGCCAGCAAGCAGAAAUGGAAAUUGAUCGUAAAGGCUUGACGAGAGUCGAAGAUCAACCACAAGGCAUUAUGGGUUGGGCAAAGACAUGGUGGAGCAGCGGAUCGAAAGAUGACCAAAAAAAGAAGCAAGACAAGGACAUUGUCACACAAUUCGAAGAGGCCAUGACUCCGGAGGAAAAAUCCAAGCUGUUUGAGGCGAUCGAUUAUCAGGAGAAUAUCCCGCCGACAAAUUAUCCGAAGGAAUAUGUGGAAAACAAAAUGACAUUCCGCCUUGGAGAAGUUGCGAUUGCAAUUGAUGGAGCUAUCAUGAUGAAGUUGCAUGAAUUGAACGCAUUCAUCCAACAGAGGCCAAGUGCUGGAGCGAUAAACAUCAAGUCGGGCAUUAAAGAAUUGCGUAUGGAUGGAGGAGAUGCUGAAAUGUUACGAGUUCGCGACCCAUCAAAGCCAUGGCUGGAUCUUGAAAUUGACACGAAUCCGCUGCACGGGAAAUAUGAUCAGAAAGUUCGUCUAAACAUUGCGCCGGUUUCUUUGAAGUAUCACGCACCUGCCGUGAAUACCGCGAUUGAGGUAUUCAAACCACCAGAAUCUGUGCGAUUGACUCAAUUAACAGCAGCAGCUAUGUCUCGAUAUGAGGAUGUUAAAACAAGAUCAAUGACCGGACUUGCCCAUGCUGUCGAAUUCAGGAAGAAACUUGUGUUGGAUAUUUCGAUAAACCCAGCGACGUUGAUGAUUUCAGAAGGCGGAAUCUACGCGCCAGAGAAACCUACAAUUGUGGCCGAUUUGGGAGUGCUUUCAAUUACAACCGUCGAAUCAAACGUCGUUGAUUCUGCUGGUCAAGAUCGAAUGAAGCAACUACGAGAGCAAGCUUAUGACAAAUUCCGAGUGAAAUUGAGUAACGUUGUCAUUGCCUUCGCGGAAACUAUGGAAAAGGCUACUAUGUCACUGCCACUAAAGGAAAGCCCUCUGCAUAUCCUAAAGCCAACCGGAUUGGACAUCCAACUCCACAAGAGUAGCAUUGAUGAUUUGAGUCUACCGAGAAUUCGUAUUGUUGGCGAUCUUCCUAAUGUGGUUGUUGUCAUAUCCGAUCAAAGACUUCUGAUGUUGAUGCGUCUAUUGAACUCGAUCCCGAAGCCAAAACCAGAAGAAACACCGGAAAUCUUGGAGGAGCUUCCACUAAUCAAGAACGAAGUCAAGAUCAAAGACAGGGCCAAAAUGAAAACGAUUAUGGAAGCGGAUGAGGUGGAAACUUCGGAUGUUGCACAGCAAAAAGGCAAAGAGGAAGCUAAGAAUGAACAGCAAGUCCAAGUGGAGCUCGAUUUAAAGUUGGAGACGAUUGGCGUUACGAUUUACAAGGGAGAAGAUGUGCUGAUGGAUGUCCGCCUUCAACGAUUUGUUUGUCAACUUCAAAUGCGAACUUUCGACUUGAUUGUGAAAGCUGAACUUGGCUCGAUUUCGGUGGCAAUGCCCAAAUUUCGUCCUCUGGAUGAUCGCAAUCCUCACCUUUUCUUAGUGAACUCGUUUGAAGAAGAAGGGGCUCUAAUGGAAGUGAAAUUUGUUCAGGCAAACCCUGAAAGUCCAUAUUUUGCAACCGAAUACAACAAAACUGAAAUGGCGGUUGUGUUCAAAUUUUCGAGAUUGAAUCUGGGAUUGCAUCAACAAGCCUUUCUGGAAGUAAAAAAAUUCGGAGAGGCGUUACAGGAAGAAAUGGAAAAAGAAAAGCCAGAAGAAACUCAGAAAGAUGGUGUUGCAGAAGAAGAGACACUAGAAGCAACGGGAAGAAAGUUGAGCAGAAAGAUUAGCUCAAGCAUGGAAUCACUGGCUCAGCUGACAAGAGAAGCACAACAGGAAGCAGCCCAACGAAAACGAGCUCGUCGCAAGAAGAAGGAGACACCAGAUCCACACAUUAUUAAAAUGAAAAUUGAUGCUUCGAUUGGGCAGCUGGCCAUUUUGAUGGGUACCGAGAAAGAAAUCGACACAUUCAUGGCAAUCGAAAAAGUCAACUCGGAAGUGCGAAUGAUGGAUAAGACUAUGGAGGUGAAAGCCACUCUACAAGCGAUCAAGAUUCAAGAUAUGACGAAGGGCGCUUUGUACAGGGAUCUAAUGGCUGUCCAUGGAAAUGAAGAUAUGCUCCGCUUUGAAUUCACCCAGUAUCAACGCACGGAUGUCGAGAAGAAGGCGAUGUCUCCCACGGACAUUGACAUGAAAGUUAAGCUUCGCCUCGCACAAAUGCGAUUUGUCUUUCUACAAUUGUGGGUCAACCGGAUGCAAAUGUUUGUUGCUCCUUUUGGAGCUGAAACUGCUAAAGUACAGGCACAUGCACAAGCCGUUGCCGCCGAAAAGUCACACGAAGCUUUGGAAGCCGCGAAGCAAAUGCUGGAGCAAUCGCCACCGAGAAUUGAGUUGGAUGUCGAGCUACUUGCGCCUCUAAUUCUUGUUCCAAGACUCUCCACAUCAACACAUGUACUUGUGGUCGAUUUGGGUAACUUGGUGGUGCAAAACCGAAUUCUUGGUGAUCACCAGCUCAAAAAGGCCGUUUUGGAUAGUAUGAAUAUCAAACUGACAGAUGUUUAUUUUGGAAUUGGUCACAUGGACGAUGCGGCAGAAAAUCUGGUCUCAAAGUGCGAAAUCUUGAAGCCUAUCACUUUCUCUCUGGACGUUCAUCGAAAUCUUACUUUCUCAAUCGUGAAGGAUAUUCCGGAAAUCGCGGUCAAUGCUCAUCUCACAGCAAUCAAUUGUUCCUUAUCGCACGAUGAUUAUGUUACGAUGAUGCAGACACUAUCGGGAAAUUUGAAUGAAGGCAAAGAGCUUGUUGAGGAAAAUGUGGCCCCAGUCGUAGCGCCGGCUGUGACAUUGGAAAAGAAAGAAGAACGAAUGGCGGGAGGCGUAGAUGAAAAGACGCAAGCGAAAACCAAAUCUGAUGACAGCGACGCCUUGAAAAUCAAGACUUACAAGAGAAUCAUUUUCAAAUUUGUUCUUGACAACAUCGCUGUGGAGCUGUUCACAGGACUCACGAUGUCAUCGGUUCGGGACUUGUCAAAUGCCUUAGCUUCAAUGCGAAUCGAAGGUCUAAAACUGAGUGGACAUAUCAAGGAAGACAACGAACUUGAAGUGGCCAUGUCGUUGGAUACUUUCAAGAUGAGCGAUGAACGCAAAGGAAAAACGAAGAUUCCACAACUCCUCGAUAAAAAGUCAACUUCAAAAGAAGAGCGCUUUUUGGACCUCUCCUUCAAACAAACGGCUAGCCAGGACAAGAAUGUUCGCCUUGAGAUGUCAGCUUUCUUCUUGUGUAUGUGUCCCGAAUUCCUUGGUUGCCUCGCUGCAUUUUUCAAUGUCCCACAAACUCAAGAGGAAUUGGAACGCGAAAGCCGAAUCACAGCCAUCAAAGCUUCUAGUCAUCCUCAAGCCGAGAAAACUGUCCAAGAACAACAACCACCUACACCUGGCGCAAUAACAAUGGAUUGUGACUUGAAAGGAGUUGAGGUGAUCAUCGUGGAAAACAGUAUGGAUCCGGACAACACGCAAGCAUUGAUUUUGUCUUUCAAUGCUAAGCUGAAGGCUGAGCCGCGCCAGUACGAACAAGUAAUGCACGGUGGUGUGGAAGCUUUCCGAGUGUUUAGCAGUUACUACGCUCCGCAUAAACGCAAGGAUGUCACAUAUGAGGUUCUGAAAUCGGUUGACAUCGGAAUUGCUGCUCGAAUCAACAAUGAAACAAAGGCUACAGACGUUAUGCUGAAAAUGACGGCACUCGAGCUGAAGAUGGCACCAUCUGUGAUUCGAUUACUCGCAGCAGCCAACGCUGAAUUCGCACGAAGCAAUCAAGCGGAUCAAAAUGCCGUCAAUGUGACUCCAAGGCGUAAGGCCUAUCCCGGAUAUUGGAGCAAGAGAGCUAUUGAGGAACAUAAAUUUUGGUUUUUCAAUGUUCCCGAAAUGGCACAAGAAAUCGGUGAAGAUUAUGAUGAAGACGAGGAACGUCGUGAAACACACCUUCCUCCGACUUUAGUUGAAAAUUGUAUAGUCGAAAUUCCCAGACUCAGUUUCACCCUUGAAGCUGGAAACGAAGCGAUUCCAUUACCUUUAAUCUUUUUCGAUAUGCAAGUAAAGGCAGAUGCACACAAUUGGAGCAGCGCUUUGAAGGCUAAUGCGGAACUUUCGGUGCAAAUGUCUUAUUACAAUGAGGGCUGUUCUGUAUGGGAACCUGUUAUUGAACCGGUCGAAGAUUUGGAGAAACCGAAUGAAUGGGAAAGAUGGAGUCUUCGAGUUUCGGCUGAGGGGCGCAAUAAAUUGGAUAAGGAUGAUAAUCGUGCUGGGAUGAAUGUGAAAGUUGAAGCCGACAAGAUGCUGAAUUUGACCGUUACAAAGAGUUUCAUCCAACUGCUCACGAGAUUGGGAGAGGUAUUUGCUUCAGCAGCCAAACAGACUUCUCCCCCAAUUAGCCGCCAACUUCCUGGACUCUCCAAUUUCUUGAUCUACAAUGAUACAGGAAUGACCAUUCGUGUCGCCAAUUCAACGACUCUAAAGGCUUCUGAUAAUGGAGCGUCUGUUGAUGCGACGCAUGGUGCCUAUGUUGAUCUUGAUGCCAUAUCAAGCCAAGCUGAAGAUAAAAAAAAACGGGAGAAUGCUGAGAAUUUCCUUUCUAUCAUUCAAGAGGAAAUAAAAGCUGAUCUUAGACUUGAAAUUUUGGACACUAUUCGAGAGGUUGUUGUGGGUAGAGCCGAUAAAUGGAUGCUGCCUUUGCCAAAACAAAGCGACGGUGGUAAACAAUGGAAGAUUCUUGUUGAUGUGGCUAUUGAGAAUUCACGGCGAGUGAUUACACUACGGUCACAUGUUCAAAUUGCCAACAAUCUCGACAUCGACAUGGAGAUUUACUCGAGAAGGGAUAACAGCUUGGAUCUUGCUGCAGUAGUUCCAUCGAAUGGAGUUGUCAAUUUACCGACGCCACUUCUUUUCACUCCUACGGGCGAACUUUUCUUCAAACCAGUCGGAGACAAGACUGAAGUUUCAUUCGAAGCUGUGUCGUGGCACGACUUUGAGCAUCAAAAACGAGCUCCUAUUCGCUGCAACUUGAGUGAAGACGAUAAGCAAGGAUACUUCUUUGAAACGGUUGUUGAGCAAGAAAACGUUCAUCUUCCUUCUCAUGGAGAUAUCUCAAGUGAUAUGCAGUGUAUGGACGCUUGCUUCAAACUUUCACUCUAUCCGCCAUUGGUCUUCCACAAUAACUUGCCAUUCCCUGUUCACAUUGAAAAACCACUAUCACUGGAGCUUCCGCCUGGCAACGACGCAAUCCUGAACACCAUUGCUGGACAAACUCUUCGCCUGAGGACAAAAUACUUGGAUGAGGACUACAUUCUUGAUAUGCGAAUCGAGGAAAAGCAUGAGGAUCUCCAAGUUGUUGCUCUUAAUACAGAAAGUGGAAGCGCUGAAUUGCUUCUUGGUCUACAUUGGUCGAUGGAAUAUGGUGGAUUGAAAGCUUAUCUUUAUGCUCCAUUUUGGCUUGUCAACAACACUUCCCUCACUCUACAACAUAUGGAGAGCACAGGCGGGUUUAUGGCUUCUACCAGCAAGUGCAUUCCUUGUCGCACUAAAAGAAAUAGCCGUGGAAACGAGCCAUUCGCACUUACGCAUGCGCCCGGACAAAACCCGAUCAUCCUACCGUUCCCUUCGAAGAACAUUGAAGCGAAAAAGAAGGCAAAAGUGCAAAUAGCUGGAAGUUCCACUUGGUCAGAAGAGUUCCCGCUUGAGACUGUUGGAAACACAGCUCGGGUCAUUUGCAAAGGAAGCUCGAGAGAUUAUGAGUUGAGUGUCUCAAUUCAACUUUGUCAAUCCGGUUUGACGAAUAUUGUUUCAUUUGCUCCGUUCUAUCUGGUCUCAAACUGUGGGAAAUUUGAUUUGGAGAUUCGAGAGGACUCUUUCUCGGAAUGGGUUAAAAUUCUAGCUGAAACGUGCGUUGGUGUUUGGCCAUCUCAGCGUUCGCAACGCAAGCAUUAUUGCGCUAGAUUUGUCGGAUCGGACGAAGAAUCGCUACUAUUUCCAAUAACAGAAAAUAUCGAAACGCUUGCUCAAAUAAACGACGAUUCGGCUGGAAUCGAUGUGGCUUGUCGUGUAGGGGAGUCCUCGGUGACAGUUCAUCUCACUCCAUUCACACCCGGCUCAGCUCCUGUGCAUGUUAUUAAUCAUUUGAAGAUACCCAUUCAUUAUGGACAGAAAGGACAUUCAAAAUCGAUUCUUGGGCCAAAGGAGCAUAUUUUCUUCACGUGGAGCGACUUAACACGAGACCGCAUUAUGGAAUAUCAAAUUGGAGACUUCAAAAGUGAGACAACGCUCGAACAAAACGAGUUUGGUGAAGCACAACCGAGAAAAGAUCUCAGAAAGUUUAUCUACCAUGCUUCCUUCCUCAAUGGCCGGCAAAGGACUCUACUUUUCACCGCAGAUGCUCAUAUAUCGAGGGUUGCAUUUGGUGACCAUCUCUUCGAAACACCAGAAUUCUCAUUCGAACUCCUUCUUCAAGGCAUUGGGCUUUCGGUCGUUGACAAUGAAAAGGGAAUGGAGGUCGUAUUUGUUGGCAUUAGUUCAUCGGACAUCUUAUGGGAAGAAGAAGUUCGCAGCUCCAGCAUUUUCCGAUCCAAACGCAUCGAACGAUACAAGCCGCUACCCGUCAAGUAUAUGCAACGUCUUGAAGAUAAAUAUCAGUUAUAUUUGCAAACAAAACAAGCGGAUUGGGAGGAUCUUGAAAAAUAUGAAUUCAACUUGAAACACAUGCUUUUGCGAAGGAAGAAAAAUGGAAGAGAGUUCAAGCUGCGUCGCACUUUCGAGCGAGGACUCUGGGGACAUUAUACCACAACGGCUUUGCGCAAACGCCUUCAUUUUAAACUCAACCAUCUUCAAGUGGACAAUCAAAUGGAUGCUUGCGUAUUUCCUUGCGUUCUCUCAAUUGUGCCUCCGCCAAAGUCUGUCAUCCAGGACAAUGCUCCGAAGCCAUUUAUCGAAAUUUCCUUUGUUGAGCGAUUAUCGGAAUUCUCUACAAUACCGGAAGUCGAGUACUGUAAAGUUUUGGUGCAAGAAUUUGCUGUGCGCGUCGAUCAGGGUUUGAUUAAUGCUGGUAUGGCUUUGUCUCCAAAUGCGGCGGCCAAGAAACCAUAUGGGAAAACGAUGUUCGAUGAAGAUCUUGAAUCAACAAAGGUGAAUUUAUCCGAAAUGGCCGACGCCUGGAAGUCCCAGAAGCCAAAAUCCUAUUACAAUGAUUUCCACAUUUCACCAUUGAUGAUUCAUUUAUCUUUCUCACAAGGCGGUACGACUGCUGAGCAAGCAAAUGCACCGGCUCCAAUUCAAAGUGAAUUUGUAAAAGUGUUGUUGAAGAGUGUUGGAGUCACUUUGACCGAAUUACAAGAUGUUGUUUUCAAGCUGGCAUAUUUUGAAAGAAAGGCUGUUUUUUACAACAUGGAUCAACUAAAUGCUGAGAUCGUUUCCCAUUACACGAUGCAGGGAAUCAAACAACUCUAUGUGCUUGUCUUUGGAUUGGAUAUCAUUGGAAAUCCAUUCGGAUUGGUGAGGGAUUUAUCAACUGGAGUUGAGGACUUAUUCUACCAGCCAUACCAAGGAUUGAUCCAAGGCCCAGAAGAGUUUGUCUCGGGAGUAGCGAUUGGUGUUCAGUCAAUGUUCGGUCAUGCUGUUGGUGGCGCUGCUGGUGCCGUCGGGCGCAUCACUGGAACCGUGGGAAAAGGAGUGGCAGCUUUGACUUUUGAUCAGGAAUAUCAACGAAAGAGGCAAGAAGAUCUAAACCGUCGUCCUCAAUCAUUUGCUGAAGGAAUGGCUCGUGGAUUCAAGGGACUUGGAAUGGGUGUCGUUGACGGUGUCAAAGGUGUUGUGACAAAGCCGAUCGAAGGUGCUAAACAAGACGGUUUUGGUGGAUUUAUCAAGGGAACUGGAAAGGGACUCGUUGGCCUAGCUGCUCGCCCGAUUUCAGGAGUGGUCGAUUUUGCCUCUUCAUCAAUGGAUGCAGUGCGCUCAGUGGCGGGAACACACAAGGAUACCGGUGCUAUUCGUCCUCCUCGUUACAUCAAACCGGAUCACAUUGUGCGACCGUACAGUCCAAAUCUUGCAAUGGGAUUCAGGAUAUUUAAGGAUACUGACCGAGGAGCUUUCACUGAAACCGACUAUUACAUUUGCUAUGCACCGAUAUCCGAGCGUGUCGCCCUUCUUGUAACGAACCGGCAAAUGAUCAUCGCAAAAAGGACGGAUGUGAUGGGAACGUGGACCGCCGACUGGACUGCAGAAUUUGCGAAAAUUCACCCUCCACAAUAUGUCGCUGAAGGCGUGAAAAUCCGUCUAUUGGAGAAAAAGCGAGGCUUCUUGGGAAUCGGCGGCUCCGAAGGGAAGAUCAUCACCUUUCAGGAUGCCCAAGUACGCAGGGGAUUAGAGGGCAUUCAACAAGCGAUCAUGAAGGCCUACGAGAAUGCGACAAGGAAG